UAGUGACGGGUGGGUGAAUGAAAUUAAAAACUGGCUCUCCAAAGAGAUGUAAAACCUUAGAGGAUUGAUAAAAACAGCCCAAAAAUGUUUUAAUGGUGGAUGUAACUGUGGUUCUCAACUCUCAGAUAUGAGGACGGUUCUCUGAUUUAUUGAUAUACACUGUACAGGGUAUCGCCAAAUUUUAACGGUAUUAUUUUUAUAUAUAUUCUUUAUCUUUACAUAUAAUUAAUUGAAAAUUUGUCACCAUAUGGUAAAAACAUACACUAUACAGUAUACAGUACUAUACAAUACUGUAUUUAGGACAAAAAAUUGACUCCUCGCUUUAUUUUAGAUGUACUGUACCUUCACCUGUGGCAACCCUAACACCAUACGUGAAUCAACUACAGUUCAAAUACAACAUACAUCACCAGGUAAAGUCUUUGCAAAGUGUGGUGGGUGGACAAGCAAGGUCAGUCAAUGUGGCCUUAUGGAGACGCUAGCAGUGCCUGUCUCGGAGCCGCCGCCUCACGGCGAGGACGCAGAGACAGACCAGAUGGGAGACGUGCCUGUGGACACCUCAGUUGGUGGUAGUGGAGGUGAGGAUGUGUGCCAGACGGUGGGCAGCAUGGAUGACAACCGCCCACCACUCACAAACAGUAUCGGCCAACUGCUGGAACUGCCACCUCACGUGGAUGAUGCUACUGCUGCUGUACCCCCAGAGCCCCCUGAUCUCUCCCCUGGAAUGGCUGCACAUAAGGUAAAUGGUGCUGUUGUACGUCGUGUGUCUUACCCCGGAGCGGCCGGCAAGCACGCCCUGCGACAACAGGCUCGUAGAAGAAGAAGGAACACCUCUAUUGCUGCCGGCAACUCUCCUCCAAUCACCCGUGUCACCAUGAAGACGGUUGCAGCCACAUCUCCCAACCCUGCUUCUCAGUCUGCCCAGCCUCUUGCCACCACGACCUCCACAUAUACCACCACUACCACUACUGUUACUGCUGUUGCCACCACUGUCACCACCACAAUUACCACCAUUCCUACUACAACCACUACAGCCACUACCACAAUCGCCUCUGUCUCCCCACCACUGCUCCACACCUCCGUCAAAUCUCCUACCAGCACACUGGCCACCACACCAUCCCCACCCAUGUGUAGGACAGGUAACAAGAUGACCCAUUCUCCCAGUCAGUUUUCUGGAACAAGAUUAAGCAGUAAAGCUUGCUCAUCCAGCAACCUCCAUCCCGUAUUGGGUACAAGGGUGAGCUCUCGCAUAGCUAACAACGUAGCUGCUGCUACGAGUGGAGCCCACCAACACAACCUUAGCUCAUCUGUGCUGAUGGGUCUGUCUCAAUCUGGUGCUUAUUCCAACACACUCUCCUCAGGCUCUCAGGCUUCCAGAGUGGUGCGUGUUCCGGUCUCUCAGUCGUCUCCUUCUGCACGUGAUGCUUCGUCCCCCUCAAUGACCACUAUGCAGACAUAUCUUGCCGCUAUCCCAGGCUUCAAGCCUAGAAAAAGGUCUCAGCGUAAAUUGUCAGCAGCAGCACAGUUGGCCCAGACCAAGGAAGGCAAUGUUGACCUGGAGACUCCCGACUCCAUCCUGGCUGGUGUCAACUUGAGAGCAAUCCUCAAUAAACACACCUUUGCCACCCUCCCACCUGCAUACCAACACAGACUGAUACAACUGUUGCCUCUGGUGGACCAGGCUGUUGGCCCUGACGAUGCCCUGAAACUUGUCCCCCAGGGUCUAAAUAAUGAGUUUUUUGGGCGUGCUUGUGAGUCGUGGCGGUGUCGUCUGGGAGAGGGAGAGUUUACCCAUGAUAAUCAAGUAAAACUAAAAGUUGAGGCUGAGAAGGAACGCACAAAAUUGGACCCCUGGAAGGUUGCUCAUUUUGAGCCAUUAUGGGGCGUGAAGCAGCCGUGGUGCGGCACAGAUGGUGGAGAAGGCAGCGUGAGCAGCCCCUCAUCACCCUCUGGGGACACGUAUCCCGCCUCCCCUCCAGACUUGUCUCGUGCCUCUCCUGCCUAUACCUCCAGCUUUUCUCCGGCUCAUAUGCAACAGCUGACCAAGGUCAUUCAACACAUUGCCAACCGUGACCAACGGCGAGCUGAGAGAAGAGCUGCCAAAAGAGCUCUUAGAGAAAAGAAAAUUGCAGAGGAGCUCGCUAGUUUCUCUUCCGACGUAAAAAAUUCUUCAUCGUUGACUCUGAGUUCUUCGUCAGUUCACUCUUGCUCAUCGUACGUACCCCCGUGUCUAUCGCCGGGACUUCCGAGUUCGUCGUCAGCGGUCCCCUGCUUGUCGACAGUGUUCCCUCGUUCAUCAUCACCAGUGCUCUCAUGUUCAUCUUCUGUACUGCCGUGUUCGUCCUCAGUACAACCCUGCACAUCGUCAGUGCUCCCUAGUUCUUUAUGUGUUGUUCCUUCGUCCUUGUCUGUGACUCCCAGUUCCUUGUCAGUAAUUCCCAACAGGAGUAACAUAAAUACAGUGAACAGUGGCAGCCAUACAGUGUUCCCAAUCAGUGACAAGUUGCCACUUCCUUCUCAAAUUAUGUCUGUAGAUCCAAGUGGAUUUACAAAAGAUGGACUGAAGAGGAAAGAGUCCCUCCCAGUUCCUACAUCUGUUCCCACCAAAAAAAUAUGUGUGUCAAGUUCAGAAUUAUCAAACUAUUUUGUUGCAAAGCACAGCACUACGCCACACUCUGCUCAGAGACUGAUGGGCCACGUUGGUACUCUCAGUGAUAUUCCCCGUUCACGAGUGACAAUUACUCCUGUGGUGGGAACAGUGCGUGCUGUGGCUUCUAGUGGUUCAAAGGUGCUCAGUCCCCCAGUUAUAUCUCAGGCAAAAACCGGGGGUUCCGGCAAGCCUGCUGCUAUGGUAGUGGUCAACUCCUUGUCUCAGUCCUCAAGUGGUCAAUUACCAACAUCUCCGGCUUCAAGAACUUCUCCGUUGGUGAGAGUUUCUCCUGCACCAUCUCCCUCACGGCUCUCUCCCGUGGUGCAGGUUCUCUCACCUUCGCUGCCGUUGGCACCGUCUCCCAGCCCCCCUGUCACCAGAACAGUAAUGGUGGCUGGCCACGCCCGACCAGUGGAAGUCUCUUCGUGCGUGACAUCCAUUGGUCAGGGUCCACGGGUCAUCACGCAGACGUUACCUUCCUCGUCUGUCACCAGUGUAGCCUCCAAAAUUAAAACUGUUAGGACUCUACCUCAGAGCGUGCCAGGCAGUGGGACCAUGACUGUCAAGGUGACAAAAAGCAGAAAUGCGGGUGGAGUUAAUAUUCAGAGAUCUUAUGAAAUAGUUCAAGCUGUAAUUGCUAACAGUCCUAACCGGGACCAGUUACAAGCUCAACUUAAGUCUCCUGCUUCUCUACUGGCGGAGGUGAAACCUGCCACCAGUAGUUCUGGGAUGACAGCAGCGGUUGUGGUGAGCAGCAGCAGCAAUAAUAACAACAACAGUCAUCUGGUAGUCCAGGCAGCUCCUCAGCUUCAGACUAUCACUGUGGUCAAAACAGUAGCAACCAGUAGCAACAGCUGUAGUACGCCCUCACCAGUAUCUGGUGCCCAGCUGAUGGCCGGAAGCCCUCGGACAGUGCGACAAGUGGCUCUCUCGGUGGGUGGCACCAACACCACCAUGGCACAACACACCCAGGGAGGAACUGCUGCUGCCGCUAACUCUGGAACGUUCGUUCUUCGCCAGAUGAUGACGCCUCAACUUACCACCUCCCAGGUAUCUGCAUCAUCUGCCUCUAGACCUUCAGCAUUUGUGCUGGAUAAUACACCCUUCUUAGCCUGUGGUGGUGGUGCUAUAAGGGAGAACAGUGCUUUAACAAAUAUUGCCGAGGCUAAUGUCGUCGUGUCAGGGCAGAGCGGAUUGGAUAACAAUAUUGUUAGUUGCAGUGGCACCAGUAGUGUCGGUAGUGAUAGUGUCAGUGCAGGCAACUGUGGGGAGAGCUUCAAUCUCAACGGUCACGGUGGUGAGUCCGGCACAACCAUGGUGGUUGUGUCGCAGCCAACCGGAGGAACCAACAGCAACGGUCGUGUAAUGGUGCUACAUUCUGGCAGCAGCGGUCCGCUGUUAGUGUCCAUCCCCUCAGAGUCCCAGACUCCCAAGAUCCAGUCUGUACCACUAGGACCCCCUUCUACCCCCCUUAGCCCAUCCCCACUCUCUCCUCUAGGUGUUGGAGCCUCCAACAACUCUCAAUCAACAUCAGAUUUGACAUCUAUUCCAACUACUGCAGUGUGUUUGUCCAAUACCCGACCUCUCAUACUGCAGCCAGAGGGAUGUGAUGGGAGCAUGGCUCCUCCGGCUGCCUCACCGAGACCUAUCACCAUCCUGCGUCCAUCUUCUGCAGGUAAAUCCAUUGUUGUGAGGAUGCCAAUGUCAGGCCUGCAGGUGGUAAGGCUGGGCAAUAUAGCGAGUAUUAAUGGUGACUGUGGUGAGAACAACCAGCAGCAAAACCCUCCCAGAGCAGCCAGUGCACCACCCAAUAAGAGUGGGGUGAUGGUUGCUCUCUCUCCACGACCCUCCAGUGUUGGCCCCAGGAUUGUGGUGCAGACCACCAAUGCUCAGGGCUCACCUGCCACUAUUCUCACGUCAGCCGGACAACAUUUUUUAUCCGAAGGUGACCCCAGUUCAGGUGUAAGUAGCUGUGACAGUGACCAACUUGUCACGACACGGGCUGGGGCAUCUCAACCAAUAGAAAGCUCAUUGGAUAGCCCUAACAGUACCCAGAGUGGCUACCACCCGCCUGUCAUCAACACAUCAGUACAACGCACAAUGAAUGGCAUGGGUGGUUUUGGUCAUGGCGUGGUGAUGUCAACGAGCUCCAGUGCAGUAAAUCCCUCACAGAUGCCAGUCAGCGGUCCCAUCAUGACGUCUCAGUCACAGCCAUACCAGCACCAGCAACCAACCCCUCAACCACCACUCUCACAACACCCCAACAUGCCCAUGAGACCCAAUAUGCGCAUGAUGAUGAACAACAUACAACACGUUAACAACAUGCAGUCGAUGAACAAUAUGCAACCCAUGAAUAACAUGCACCAGAUAGGCCCGGGUGGGAGCCUAAACGGCAUGGCGACAGUGAUGACGCCCAUGAACCAGGGAGUGCACAUGAUGCUACCUCAGGGCAAGAGUGACACUAGUGAAGAUGGUUGCCCCUGUAACAUGAAAGCCAUGAUCAUAUGCAUCAAGUGUGGUGCGUUCUGUCACCAUGACUGUAUCGGGCCUGCCAGACUGUGUGUUGCCUGCCUCAUACGUUAGCUUGUGCAUCCUUCUUUCUGCUGCCUGUCUUAUCUCUUUACCCCCAAUGUAGUGAUCUUUGGCCAUUUACAUCAUUAUCAAAAGCUUUACUAAAUAGCAUUUUUUAAGUUUUCUAUGUGAUGGUGAGCUUUGAGAUGAACACAAAAGAAUAAUUAAGAUGAACACAAA